AUGAAGCCUGUGAGCUCUCCUCCGCUUCCUCCUCUCUCCUCCGCCGCCGAGAAGAAGCGGUGCGCGAUCCUCCAUGACACCUCGUCGAUCGAAUCUAGUGUAGAAAUGUACGCGCGCACGGCGAGCACAGCGACGACGACGAGCACGACGACGAGCGCGGCGACGAGCCACCACCACCGAUCGAAGAAGCGGCGGGCGGAGCGCGUGUUUGGGAUCCACACCUUCGGCGAUCCGGGCUGCCCGGCCGACUACGAUGGCGCAUUCCGGGACAACAUCCGGGCAUUCCUCUCGGAUUGCGCGGAGAUGGAGCCCUACACGGUGGAGGGAAUGCCCACCUGGUCACUGCUCCUCGAGGACGACAGGAAUCUCUCCUCGGGGCGCUUGAAUCUCCUCAUCAUGGAGGAGAGCACGGCCAAUUCAAUACAUCCACACUGCGACCACUGCCGCUGCAUAGGAUGGAGCCACCAUCCCGUGUCGAUCCGGCGCUACCACUUUAUCAUCCCCGGGCCGGAGAUCGACGACGAGGCGGCCGCGACGCAGAGCAGCAUUCUCGAUCUCCAGGACCAUCUCCUCCACGGCCUCCUCCACUGCAACGGUUAUGGCCAUCUCCUGCGCGUCAAUGGCCGCGAGAAGGGAUCCAAGCUCGCGUCGGGCCGGGAGCUCAUGGAUCUCUGGGACCGAAUUUGCGCCAUGCUGCGCGCCAGGAAGGUGAGCGUGGAGGACAUCGCCAAGAAGAAGGGACUGGAGCUCCGGCUCCUCCACUGCGUCGCGUAUGGCGAGUCGUGGUACAGCCGCUGGGGCUACAAAUUCGGGCAUGGCAGCUUCGGGAUCACGCAGCAGAUGUACUCCAAGGCGAUCGAGGCCAUCCGCGGGAUGCCGCUCUCGGUGAUGAUCCAGCAUUUCGACGGCGUGGACGCCGAGGUCCUGGAGAUCGUGUCGCUCUACCAGAAGAUGAGCGGCCAGGCCCUCCAGACGGUGGGCGAUCUCGUGCGCUUCAUGGUGGAGCUCAAAUCCCGGCUGCCGCUCACCGCCACCGCCGCCAAUUCCUCCUCCUCGUCGCUGCUGGACAUGCCGUGCCGGUGGAGCAUGAAGCGGCUGGAGCUGGCGACGCAGGUGAUCGUGGAGGCGCUCAAGAACUGCGACAAGAAGUGGAUGCCGCGGCAGGACGUGCGCGACGCCGCGCGGGUCUACAUUGGUGACACCGGAUUGCUCGACUUCGUGCUCAAGUCGCUGGGCAACCGCGUCGUGGGCGGCCACGUCGUGCGCCGCGCGGUAAACCCCAUCACCAAGGUGCUCGAGUACAGCCUCGAAGACGUGACGGCGUCGAUCCACCACCACCCGCAGCACCACAGCAAUGGUGCCGGCGGCGCUGCCAUGGGAAAUGGUGGUGGCGGCGGGUGUGGGAAUGGCACCACCACCGCCCCCAGCGUCAAGGGCGGCGAGGUGGCGGCGGCGGUGGCGGCGGCGGCGGCAUGCGACAUCAGCCGCAGCGACGUGCAGCGCGACAUCGUCUACAUGUACAAGAACGUCCUCGAGAGCUACAAGCCGGCCAGCAAGCGCGGCGGCGGCAAGAGCAUCCUCACCGCGCUGCCCACCGCCAGCCGGAUCAUCCUCGACACCAAGCAGCUCAUCCGCGACUACUGCGGGCACAAGACGCGCAAGGCAGCCGCGGCGGCGGCUGCGGCGUCCGCGGCAGCGGGUCUGGCGGGCGGUAGCACCAGCCGCGGCGGUAGUACUACCAUCGCCGGCGGCGGCGGGAACGAGGCGUGGGAGGCGGUGGUGGACGACGACGAGAUGCUGCGCGUCAUGUGCUGCGUCAUACUGCGCGACUCGGACCCGUGCCGCAACCGGCCCAGCCCGCCGCCGGAGCUGGUGGUGCUACCGCCGCACGCCACCAUCGGCGACCUCAAGCUCGAGGCCCAGCGGGGGUUCCGCGACACGUACCACAUAAUGCGCGGCUUCCGGGUGGACACCAUCCCGGAGCUGGAGGGCGACAACGAGGACCUCCUCUUCGGAGCCAUCGAGUCGGGCUCCACGCUGAUCGUCCAAGGGUCCGGGGUGGACGUUUACAACGAGUGGCGCUACGAGGGUGGCAACGAUAGCUGGAUCGUCGACUGCCCGUGCGGCGCCAAGGACGACGAUGGCGAGAGGAUGAUCGCGUGUGAUGUGUGCGAGGUGUGGCAGCACACGCGGUGUGGCGGGAUCGCGGACCCGGAUCCCAUCCCGGCGCGGUUUCUCUGUGCCAGGUGUGGCGAGAGCCUCUUCUCGGAGCUCAGAUACUCGUGAUCGAUCGAUCGGUCUCUCCAUGAUCGAUCGAUCGUAUCGGCUAUAGCCUUGGCUCACAACGCAAGUAAGCUCCUUGGUUUUUCGCGAUC